GGCUGCAGGAACUUGAAGUUAUGACUGCUGCUGAACUUGAAGCGGGUGUGUCCCCUGAACCUGAUGUAUCCGAGCUGAAUAUUUUCAGUGAUAAUGGUAGUCAAAGUGUUGUCUCUCAACUUCUUGAUCAUAUCCACAGCCACGAGAAGAGUUCCCAGCGUAGAGGAGGUUUUAGUGAAAGGUUUCUCAGAUGGAGACGGAGAUAUCUUCCGGUUGGUGGAGAUAAUAGACGUGACCAUGGCUCUCUGAAACAUUCAGGACCCCUUGUUUCUGGAGCAGCUUACUGUAUCUCUUCAUGUAGCAUGAUACUAAUGAACAAAGUUGUUCUCUCCACCUAUAAUUUCAAUGCAGGAAUCUCUUUGAUGUUGUAUCAAAACUUAAUCAGCUGUUUGGUGGUAGCUCUAUUAAAAUUCUCUGGAGUGGUUUCAGUUGAAAAAUUUAACUGGAAGUUGAUCAGAGUUUGGUUGCCUGUCAAUGUUAUCUUUGUUGGCAUGCUGAUCUCUGGGAUGUACAGUUUGAAAUACAUAAACGUUGCUAUGGUGACUAUUCUGAAGAACGCAACGAAUAUUAUUACAGCCAUAGGGGAACUAUACAUGUUCCGCAAAAGGCAGAACAACAAAGUUUGGGCUGCAAUGUUCAUGAUGAUCAUCUCUGCAAUCAGUGGAGGCAUCACGGAUCUCACGUUCAAUGCUGUAGGGUACACGUGGCAGACUGCCAACUGCGUUCUAACCGCUAGUUAUUCACUUACUCUGCGUAGAGUCAUGGACAAAGCAAAACAGUCCACAAAAUCAGGGUCCCUUAAUGAGGUGUCAAUGGUGCUGCUUAAUAAUCUCUUGUCACUACCUUUUGGCAUCACCUUGAUCGUCUUACUUGGUGAAUGGAGAUACGUAAUAAGCACUGAUGUGACAAAAGAUGCAAUGUUUUGGGUGGUCGCAACAGCAAGCGGCUUCCUUGGUCUAGCCAUCAGCUUCACAUCUAUGUGGUUCUUGCAUCAAACCGGACCCACAACAUACAGUCUGGUGGGUUCAUUAAACAAGGUUCCGAUAUCAUUAUCUGGUCUUGUACUCUUCAAUGUCCCUCUCAGUCUCCCAAAUUUGUUCAGCAUACUUUUUGGUUUAUUUGCUGGAGUUGUCUUUGCCAGAGCCAAGAUGUCCUAAACCGUAUUUCCAAUCCGGAGUAGAACUCUUCAGAGACUGAAGAGAACAUAUAAACAAAGAAAAACCUAGAGAGGUUUCUUGAUCUGCAGCUAAUAGUCUCAACUUUGAAUACAAUUUUUCUUCAAUAUACAAGGUAGAACUUAGGGUUUACUAUGAGUACAGAUAGUAAUUCUAUAUUCUCAAAAGAAUCACACAUUCAAAAUUUUCUAAACGUAAUAAAACAUUACUGUUUUGACUUUUCUUUAACGUAUCAACAUAAUAAAUUGUACAUGGAUGAUUAUCUUUACACCUUCCACUAGAAUAGUUGCUAAAUAAUUUUAAACUCUAAAUACAUAUGAGCUUUCUGAUCAAAUGACCUUAUGAAAGAAUUAUCGUUGAUGCGACUGCAGCGCUCCAAACUGUUAAAAUACUAAUAAAAAAAAUUAUAUAGUUCCAAACCUUACAUCAAUUGAUAUAUCUACCAGAAAAGGAUUAUUAUUACUACUAGAGCCCGUGUCCGCGCUUCGCGCGGAUUACAUGUUUAAUUAAAGAACAAUUUAACUAAAAUUGGAAGUUUUGAAGUUUCUGAAAGUGCAAGUUAAGUUUUGUUUUUUUAUAAUGCGAAGACAUUGGAAGCGGUGAUCAUCUUUUUUUAUAAACUAAAGUAAGUUUGAAUAAUAAAUUAUGUUGAUGAAUUUAAUAUUCGUAAGAGAAAAUAGUAUUUGAGUGUGCCUAUUUAAUUGACGUAGAAAGCUGUAACGUAAAUUUAAAAAAAGUUGAUUGGUGUCGUUUGCUAUGAGGCUUAGGAUAGCAAUUUAUUCUUCUUUUGGAAGCGUUAUAUGAUAUCAAUAUCGUUGUCAAAGUAGAAGCGCGAUCCAGGUGUGGUUGUGAGUGAUAGUUUCCCUGA